CAACUGACCUUGGGGCAUCUGUUCAUUGCCUACAGGUUGCACCCAUAGCCAUGCUGGCAAGACUGGGCAGGCUCCUUGGGAGACAGAAGGGAGAUAAUAACCAGACUAAAGAGAGGCAGAAGGGAGCUGGCCUUCAGUCUCAAUGUCACACAUCAAGAAACAAAUACUUCUGGGGAAAGCACAGGACUACUGGAAAGACAUCUACCCCAACAUCUCCCACUGAGCAGGAGCAACAGAUGAACAUGCUGGAUAAACUGACCCACCAACUUGAGAUGAUGACCAAUGAAAGGAAUGAACUCCAAGGAAUCCUGGCCAGUUAUACCAACAAGGAUUUGAACAACAGGCUGGAUUUUGAACUGGAGAUGCUGAAUAUGGAGCAUAAAAAAGUGAUGUUGGACCUGCAGAAAUUCCCCAAGGAGAUUAGUGAGGCCUUGCAGACAUGCAGGGAGCUUACUGAGGAAACUGUCUCCUGCAGCAUCCUCCACAGCCAGAUCCUGAACGAGUGGACUCAGCUAAAGGAAAAAGUAAGCACGCUGAGAGAGGAGAACAGAAAACUGCGAAGGGAGCAGAUUUCACUACAAGAGUCCAGUGAGGAGAUGAAGAUGCUCUGUGGGGAGGCCCAUGAGAAGAUCUAUGAACUCUUGGCCAAGGAGGAGCAGAAACGGGAGAAACUGGAGGAAAGAUUGCAAUACCUGCUGAAGCAGAGAGAUCUGGUCACCAAGCAAAUGAUCAUGGCAGAGAAGCUGCAGCAUCACCUCACUGUCUCCCAGAUGAGGUUUGAAAACCUCCAGCAUGAACUGGAACAGACCACAGCCCAGGGUGAGAACCUCCUGCAGAUGGAGACGCUGCAGCAGGAGCACUGAGUCACCCCUUGCAAGAACUGAGGAUGGUGAAGGAAGCCACAUUAACCAAGUGUCAAAAUUACUUAUCCAAACUGAAGCACUGGCUUAGCUCUGACUCUGGAACUCUUUGUACAGCCUACAGCCACAAUGGGUCCCAGAAAUCUCUCCGCAGUCUUCGCUCCAAAAAUCUGUUUACUGUAUCUAUAAACUUGUGUGAGGGUCUAAAAAGAAUCUUGCAGUCUUUUGGGGACAUGUAACACUUACCCCCUGAGUGUAUUGAAUCCCCCCCAUUCCUAGAGGGAAUGUUUCAAUUAGGAGGAAACUACAUAGAAAGAAUGACAAAGAAUGAACUAUUUCUCAAACCCUUGUCCAUCAUCAACAAGCAUGAUUAACAAAGUCUAUCAAGGAUCACACCGCCA